ACAGUUCACGUUUUACCGCUGCUCAGUUGGUAUCGCGCGUUACUUCACGACUUCUGGCUGCGCAAAGUGUGUAAACUGUUUGAUCAGUGUUUCGCGCUUGUGGGAAUUGAUCAUCGUCUGUCGUCAGCCUCUGACAACCGAUCCUCACGAGAAGUUCCAUCUUUGGAUUGUGUGCGCGCGCGUGUGUGGCUGUGUUCGCGUGUGUGUGCGCGCGUUUGUGACAAUAAUCUCGCAAUCAUAACCAUAACCAUCGCUAAUUUAUUGGAUAUCCCACUGAUUCUGGGUCGAAGGCAAAAUUCCGCGCGCGUAUUGGCCUCUAUGUGUGUGCACAAGGUUCCUUAUCUCGGGAUUUCCGUUAUGCUCGUUCCGUCCGUCGUGUGAGUCGUGAGAAACCGAAGCAAAACGAAUAAAGCUACUUACUUUGACACAAUGCAAAGCGGCAAGGUGCCGUCGGCGAUCUCGAUCAGGUAGCAGGUGAUCUUCAAAGCUUUGGGAGUUUGGGAUGGAUAUUCGGAUGCGGUGAGAUUCAUCUGCCCAGACAGAGAGAUCGAGAGCGAGAAGCAGAAGCCACCGAGCAGUUGUAUGUAACGAGGGACUAGUGAUGUGUGAUUGUUUUGGGUAAAGUGUCCCGCGCGUAAUUACGGCCGUGUCUGCGGGUGUUUAUUUUGCGCUUUCGCAAGGGGGCCAGACACCGUGGUCGGGCUGGUCGAAGAUAGUAGUAGCGGUACUAAAAAUAGUCUGCUGAAGCUGAGAAGAGCCAGGGCAAUUGUGCCCUCCCAUGGAGCAGACCGAAGGGAAAAUGAUAAUAAAUUUCGUGCAGCCGCUCAUUAGUGGGGAAGUGACGACAGCCCCUGGCAAGUGGCACGAUCGCAAGUGAUUUUUUCGUCGUUGUUAUUGUUGUUGUUGUUGUUUUAUGUUUGUGGAAACGAGAAGAUCAGAAGUGCGGCUGGAAUAGGGCCGGAAUAAAUUGAAUACUGUGAACGAGAGUUCCCAGCAGCUGGUCGGAAAUAGUAUUAAUUUUUAUUGCGUGGUGAUUUGUCAAUGAGAAGAAAAAACGGAAGAAUUUUUUGACCCAAUACCAAGGUGUAGAAAUUAGGGGAAAAGAAUGGUACUGACCGGAUCAGUAGCAACAGGGAAUGUGUAAUUAGGAACAAGUGAUGAAUGUCGUUUGGUCCGGAACGAACACAAUUGGCACUAUUGGUUUCAGUGGAAGAAGUGGUAGCGGAAGUAGCGGAUCUCGUUGUUGGAACCGAGCUGAAGCAGUUAAAACAGUGAAGGAAGCAACCGUCUAGCAGCGGUUUCUGUCUGUUACUGUUGUCGUUUUCGACAACAUAAGUGAUUUGUGAAUUGUUUUUGCGUGCGCGUGUGUGUGUAGCGAAGAUGGGCAUCGGUAAACUGCGGAUGUGGACCGGUGUUGCAAUCGUAUUAACAACUAUGAUCUCAAUGGUUUCCUCGUCGGGCUUCUUCGAGAUGCAAAUUCUGGAGAUAGCCAACACCAACAGCCAUCUACUGUCCGGAUAUUGCUGCGGUCUGCCGCCGGAGAAGCAGCGAACCCAAACGACCGGAUGUCCGGCAUGUGCAACGGCGUUCAGCCUGUGCCUGAAGGAAUACCAGGGUACAACAUCGUCGUCGAGUGCGCAGCUGCAGCAGCAGCUCAAAAACGGAGGCCACCAGCAGCAGGCCCACCAGCGGGGGGAAACGCUGGAACCGCAACCGUCCGCCAUGUACGGAUGUGCGUUCGGGAACGCCAGCACGCCCGUGCUGGGCGGAUCGAGCUUCGUCCUGUCCGACUCGGAAGUCGGUCGCGUCACGCUACCCUUCACGUUCCGGUGGACGAAAUCGUUCACGCUCAUCCUGCAAGCGUUGGAUAUGUACAACGAGUCGUAUCAAAUAUCGGAGCGACUGAUUGAGGAGACAUCCUUCUCGGGGGUUAUUCUGCCCUCGCACGAGUGGAACACGUUGGAUCACACGGGGAAGAAUGCCCGGAUCACCUAUCGGGUUCGGGUGCAGUGCGCGGACAACUACUACAACACGACCUGUACGACGUUCUGCCGGCCCCGGAACGACCAGUUCGGGCACUACACCUGUGGUGAACAGGGUAACAAGGUGUGCCUGCCGGGCUGGCAGGGCGCCAACUGUGAGAAAGCAAUCUGCAAGCCAGGAUGCGACCAAAUCCACGGCAAGUGCGACCAGCCCGGAGAAUGCGAGUGCCGCCCCGGCUGGCGAGGUCCACUCUGCAACGAGUGUAUGGUCUAUCCGGGCUGUCGCCACGGGUACUGCAACGGUAGCGCCUGGCAGUGCAUCUGUGAUACGAACUGGGGCGGAAUCCUGUGCGACCAAGAUCUCAACUACUGCGGCACGCACGAGCCCUGCAUGCAUGGAGGAACUUGUGAGAACACAGCACCCGACCAGUACCGAUGCACUUGCGCGGAAGGUCUCUCCGGCACCCGGUGCGAGAUCGUCGAGCAUCCGUGUGCGCCGCAGCCCUGUAAAAACGGUGGUUCCUGUAGUCUCACCGGCAGUGGGUCCCGCGGAAGCGAGGACAAACUCGAGCUGACCACACCGGUAGCACCGAUCAUUGUUCGCGGGAUGCGGGGGAUGAGCUCGAUGGGGAAGCCCUACGGCCGGAGCAAUAGUCUUGGAGGAGCCAGUGGUGGUGGUGGCGGCUCUGGCGGGUCAAACGCGGGAGGUAGUGCGAUCGGUGGUGGAGCGGACUCCAAAGAAUUACUCUCGCCACCGCAACCCCUUAAAGACUUCGUCUGCACAUGCACGAACGGAUGGACGGGACCAACGUGCGAGAUAAAUAUCGACGAGUGCGCCGAGGGACCCUGCCAGAAUGGGGGCACCUGCAUCGACAUGAUCGGGAAGUUUCGCUGCGAGUGUCCGCCACAGUGGACCGGCGAAACGUGCAGUAUUGAUGUCGACGAGUGCGAGUCGAACGUAGCGUCCGGGUUGGGACCGUGCAUAAACGCGGAGUCCUGCCGAAAUCUGCCCGGUUCGUUCCAGUGCAGCUGCCUGGAGGGUUGGGGUGGCCCCACGUGCGCCCAAAAUCUGGACGACUGCGUGGGCAAGUGCAAAAAUGGCGCCACCUGUAUCGAUCUCGUUAACGACUAUCACUGCGCUUGUGCCGCCGGCUAUACGGGUCGUGACUGCAGCACCGAUAUCAACGAGUGUGCCAACUUCCCGUGCCGCAACGGGGGCGAAUGUGUCGAUCUGAUCGGCAAUUUCAAGUGCAUCUGUCCGCUCGGCUACUCCGGAACGCUGUGUGAGGAAGCGAAGGACCACUGCACCUCGUCGCCCUGCAUCGAGGGCCGUUGCUUGAACACACCGGGUGGUUACUACUGCCACUGUCCCCCGGGGCGUGCCGGUAGGCACUGCGAGUUCCUCCGGACGCCGUGCGCUUCCCCACCCUGCUCUAACGAUGGCUGCACAAUGCCGAUGAUGAAUGAAACGGCGGUGCCGCCGAAUCCGGCCGCGGUGAUGACUCCGUGCAGUGGCCGUGGGAAGUGCGAAAGCACCCCGAUGGGAUCGAAUUGUGUGUGUCAGCCGGGAUUCACGGGAAGCUUUUGCCAACACAACGUCAACGAGUGUAUAUCGAAUCCGUGCAAAAACAACGGUAUUUGCAUUGACGAGGACGCUGAUUUUAGCUGCGAGUGUCAGCCCGGAUGGACCGGGAAGACUUGCGCGGAACGAGCGGUCCAAUGCAUGCCCGGGCAAUGUCUGAACGGUGGGUCCUGUGUGCUGUCGCCAAUUUCGGGCAUCUCCCAGUGUCGCUGCGCGGUCGGAUGGGGAGGACCGUUUUGCAACGAACCGGUCGAUCAGUGCCAGGGUCAACCGUGUCACAACGGAGGUACCUGCGAGUCCGGACCGGGUUGGUUUCGGUGUUUGUGUGCCCGCGGCUUCUCCGGGCCGGACUGCCGAAUCAACGUGAACGAAUGUUCGCCACAACCCUGUCUCGGGGGAGCGACCUGCAAGGAUGGGAUCGGUGGAUUCACGUGCAUCUGUCCCGUCGGACGACGCGGUGUUCGGUGUGAAAUUCUUCUUUCGGAUCCUUCGUCGGUUUGCUCGAACACAACCACCAAUUCGCCGUACGAUCCACUCGUUAGCCAGGAUCUGCCAGCGACCGUCGACGAGAGCAAUUGCAAUUCGUGUGUUUGCACCAACGGAAAGCCACGCUGCUCGAAUCUUUGGUGUGGCCUGAACAACUGCUUGAACCGCAGUCAUUCGGGCAAUGCCUGCGAGAGCCAUCAGGUGUGCGUUCCGGCGGCGCAGGAGAGUUGUAUCUCCCCGCCCUGCACACCCAGGGGCGACUGCCGAACGUUUGAACCAUCGCGAAGGGUGGCUCCUCCACGCAUCCCAGCUCCCAUCGAUUGCUGGCCAAAUCAGGCAACUCUGGGAACGCAAUGUGCCCGAGUUUCGAUCCUGCUGGAAAUUGCUCGACUGGCGAAAGGUACCUCAGUGGACGGAAUGUGUCACGUCCUGCGGCUUCAGCUUGGCGAGAAACUAAUCAAGAGUCCGUCGUUUGACGUUUCAAUCUUUAUUGUGCUACUGUGUGACAUCAAAACCGGUACCAACGACACCAUCGAGGUGACUCUGUCAACCCCAACGGACAGCGGCGCCAGCUCGAGCUCCCUGACGGAAGCGGUUCGGCUUCUGGCGGAGAUACUCUCCCGCCAGCAGGGCGUCCAGAACGAUUCCUUCCAGUCGGACGUCGCGGAAGCGGCUCCGCUCACCUCGAUCCUCGAGGUCAAGGUGGAAACAGCACUGAUCAACGAAACCGUCAGCAGCUCCAACUAUCUGAUAGCGAUAGGCUUCGGAAUCGCCAUUGUGGCGCUCUGCUUGGGGGCCUUCGUGGCAUUGAUUUGGCGCCAGCGACUUCAGAGCCACUCGGGCUCCGGUACAAACCUGUCUCCUCAUCUGGACCUCUCGCGAGGCCACGAGGAGGAGAAGAGCAACAAUUUGCAGAACGAGGAAAACUUCCGGCGGUAUGCAAAUCCGCUCAAGGGAAGUGCCAGCUCGCUGCGAGGUGCCAUGGAGCUCAGUCUCAAUCCGGCGCCGGAGAUCAAUCAAAUCGCCGGUCCGAGUACCGCACUGCACCGAUCUCAGCAGCUCUACCCGAGCUGCGGCUCCGACGCGGAGUACGAGAAGGAUCCGGAAAAGCAGAAGGCUGCCAACCGGAACUCGCACAUCCUGCUCCACAAGACGCAGAAUGCGGACAUCACCAAGAACAUCGUCAGCUCGAUCGAGAGCCAACACAAAGACUUUGGCAAGCGGAGCAUCAACGAUCACACAUCGUCCGCCGCCGCGGUGCCUCCUCCUGCUGCUACCACUGCUUCCGCCACCGCGGUCGGCAUCGUGGUCAGCAGCACCAACGUGCCAACGUCACCCAGCAGUACGGCACCGGCGGCAAUAUCCGAGUCCGAUGUGCUCACGGUGCACGUGUAAACGAACACGGAAAAAGACGACACUGCAAACUCUCAGUUAAGCAAUACUGGAAAGUGAGAUUCUCAUCUUAUAGAUUUUUUUUUAUAUCUUCAAAAUAUUUAUUUGCCUUUCCCCCUCACUCCCGAACACAAAACGUUGUUGACUUUGUCUCCCCCUUUGUAAAUAUAGCGAAAAUCUAGACUGUAUGCUGAGACAGCGGGGAAAGAACCCGCGAAAAAUGAUGAAAAAACAGUGACAAGGUGUGCAAUUAACCAAGUUCAUAAACUCCGUACUCCUUUUAUUUACGUUCCCUUCUUUUUUGGCGCGUUCCAUAGGAGCAAUUCCGAAUUAAAUCGACAAAUGAAAAAAACGUGAGUAUUUUUGAUUCGAACGAAAGUUUGUAUUCCGUUUGGGUUGGAGGGAAUAUGAGUUUUCCACAGCAUUUGGGAAUUUUUUGACUCAAGUGUAACUUUUGAAAAGGGCGUAUCGAUUUUAGUAAGAGAAAUCUUCGAUAAUUUAUGUCUCACAAACCAUGAGUCCUACCGAAAUAGCGUCUUAGAAAGAGUUAUAGAGUAUCGAUGUCCAAACGUUGAAAAAUUUACACUGAGAAAAAAAGGUGAUAGUUUUUUUUAUUUACAAAAAAAAAACUUUAAUCUAAAAUAUAUAUUUUUAAUUUUUUUUUUAAUUUGUUCAUAUGAAAUAGAAGUCAAGAAGAAAAUUUUAAAAAAUUAGUUCAAGAUGGAAAAUUUGGUAUUUUUGGCGAAUUUUGUGGAACAUCGAAUUUUUAUGAAUUUUUGAAACUUCGAAUUUUUGUAUGUUAACAAUCAUUUUAGCCACAAAUUAUAAAUCUUAAUGUGAUUUAAAACAAAAAAAAAAACCUCUAUCAAUCUGCUUCUAAAUGCAGCCAUUCUUGAGGUAUUUGAAAGAAACAUUUCUAAUUUAUUGUCUUUUUCAAUUUUAUUUUUUUUAAAUUUAUAUAUGUAUUUUUCAAUUUUUUUCUAAUUUUUUUCAUAUGAAAUAAAAGCCAUGUAGAAAAUUAAAAAAUGAGUCCAAGAUGGUAAACUGUUUUUGACGAACUUUGUGGAGCAUCGAUUUUUUUAUGAAUUUUUGAUACUUCCAAUUUUUGUAUGUUAACAAUCAUUUUUAGCCAAAAGUUAAUAAUCCUGAUAUGAUUUAAAACAAAAAAGCUCUUUGUCGAUCUGCUUCUAAAUGCAGCCAUUCUUGAGGUAUUUGAAAAAAAACAUUUCUAAUUUAUUGUCUUUUUCAAUUUUUUUAAUAUUUUUUUUUAAUUUGUACAUAUGAAAUGGAAGUUAUGUACAAAAUUUUAAAAAAUGAGUCCAAGAUGGUAAAACUAUUUUUGACGAACUUUGUGGAGGAUCUAAUUUUUAUGAAUUUUCGAAACAUGGAAUUUUUGUAUGUUAACAAUAUUUUCUAGCCACAAACUGUGAAUCCCGAUAUAAUUUAAAUAAAAAAGCACAUCAUCAAACCCCUUCUAAAUGCAGCCAUUCUCGAGAUAUUUGUAAAAAUAUUUCUAAUUUAUAAAAAUGAUAAAAAUGAGUCCAAGAUGGUAAACUGUUUUUGACGAACUUUGUGGAACAUCGAAUUUUUAUGCAUUUUUGAAACUUGGAAAUUUUGUAUGUUAACAAUAAUUUUCAGGCACAAAUUAUGAAUCCAGAUGUGAUUUAAAAUUAAAAAAAACUCUUUAUCAAUCUCCUUCUGAAUGCAGCAUGUUACUUCAGGACAUAUGAGAAUAAAAUUUUCCGAAUUUUCCCAUUUUAGCGACCCAUUUUAAUUCAUAUACAACAGGGGGGGCAAAACUUGCACUGCGGGCUCUGUAAUUUAAAAGAUAGACGACGAUGUACCAAAACAGUAACUUUUCAUUUUUAGGGCAAUGAUUUUUUCGCCUUAACAUUGCUCUAUGGGCAGAGACAAAUUAAAAGAAACAAUAAAGGCGACUCAAAUCGGACGAUUUCUUCCUCGAGUUUUGCGCCUAGCAUCACAUUUGUUGAAUCUUCUUUAUUCAUAUAGAUAUGAAAUGAUUAUCAGACACAAUUUUUGUUCAAGAUUAUACACGACCUGCAGAGAAUAUGAAAAAGUAAACCUUUUUCAUAGAACACGUAUUUGAUACGUUAGAGUGAAUUUUAAUAUAUGAUUUUUGUUUCAAAAGUGUGCUUAUUCCACCUGAAAAUCCAUUACCAUUUUCACGAACACAUGCUGUAAUAUCAUGAAAAUGGAUUUCUUCUUGACAUUGAAAUACUAAGGCUGUGUCGGUGUUGCUCACGAUAGAGUCUCGCAAGCGAAUUGAUUCCUUCUUACACCGUUUCUGUUGAUUGUGUCGUAGGAAUCGCAGUCGUUCGCUCUCUCUUCUUCGCGUACAUGUUGACCACGAAUUUUUGACACAGCUCUUGACCACGUAGAAUCUCGUUUUCCUUACCGCGUUAAGCCAUCGUAUGAUACACAUAGAAAAUUGACUCGAGCGCACUCUUUUGUUCGUUUCGUCUCCUCUGUUCAUAAUGUUCGCACACACAUUGAUUCGAGGAGAGUAAUGAUGUUUGUUAGGGUGGCAGCGAAAAUUGUCAUCUCAAAUUUCAAAAACCGAAAAGGAAAUGAAAUGAAAUGAAAUUCAUAAAAAUUU